AUGCAACUUGCUGGUAAUGUUUGGAAUCAUUUUCAACGUCAACAACACCAUAAUAUUAUCAUUUUUCAAAAUCAAAUUAAAGCAUGGGCAUUUCCAACAAGCAAUGAUGUGAACAUCUUUUGCAAUUUGCAUACGUGUCACAUCACAUGUCAUCACAUGCCCUGUAAUGAACAAAGGCAGCGUCGAAACGUCAUAACGAUGAAUAACAUUGAUGAUGAUGACGAUGAUGAUGAUAUUCAUGUUAUACGGACCAAUUUUCACGUUCACAAUAAACAUAAACCAACUGAUGAAGAAGAAGACGAGAAUUUCAACAAUAUGAAAAAUAGCGGUAAAUUACAAACGUCUAAUGAUCUAUCAACAACAACAACAACAGCAGCAGCGAUAACAACAAUAACAAUAACAACAACAAUAGCAACAACAGCGACAACGACAAAACAAAUAAAUAUGGUUAUGAGAACAUUGGAAGAAAUGACAACAAGUGGAAAUUUUUCGUGUUUAAUAAAAAUUGAAAAUAGUAAAUUGUUUAUUAUCACAAUGAUUAUAUUUUUAUUUCUAAUUCUUAUUGUAUUAUUAGUAUGGUUUUUGUUUGUAUCCAAAAUGUUACUAACAAAUGAUAAAAUGAAAUAUAUUUGCUGA